AUGGCGGCCACCACCACCACCAGCCUCCCCCAAAUCACGGGCAAAUCGACCAAAGAGGUCAAGAUCCUCCUCGUCAACCCGAACGGCACCAGGUUCAUGACCGAGAACUGCCUGCAAUCCCUGGCCAACAGCCUGCCGGUCAACGUCACGGUCACGGGCUUCACGUCGCCUCGUCCAGCCCCCUCGGCCAUCGAGGGAUACCUGGACGCGGCCAUCUCGACGGACGCGGCGACGCGCGCCAUCGUCCCGAUCGCACACCAAUUCGAUGCGUUCCUGGUGGCCUGCUUCAGCGCCCACCCGCUGAUCGACGCCCUGCGCGAGGAGGUGCCGGGCCCCGUGAUCGGCAUCAUGGAGGCGUCGCUGUACACGGCGCGGAUGCUCGGGGGCCGGUUCGGCGUGGUGGGCAACAACGUCAAGACCCAGCGCAUGCUGGAGAACGCCGUGCGGAACUACGGCCUGGACUUCUUCUCCGUGGGCUGCGAGCCCGUCGGCCUGGGCGUGCUGGAGCUGGAGUCCCGCCCCCAGAGCGAGGUGCUGCAGAGCAUGGGCCACGCGGCAGUCCGGCUGAAGGACAAGGGCGCGGAUUGCGUGCUGUUGGGGUGUGCGGGCAUGACGGAGAUGAAGGCCCGAUGUGAACACGACGUGGGCGACGAGGUGGCCGUCAUUGACGGCGUGACCAUGGGGGUGCACCUGCUCGUGGGCAUCGUGCGAGAGGGCCUCAAGACGCCUCGGGCGGGUCUCUACAUGGGUUCGAAGGCGGCGAGAGCAGCACGCGGACAGGAUUGGAUGUAG